GUUGAAAAUAGUAUGGUGCUUGUACACACGAGUAAGAAAUCGUGAAUUUACAUGCGAUGGGUAUUUCUACCAGAUUUAUUUUUUUCUGAGGAACACGAGGUUAAUAAUAAAAAUGUGAAUAAACCAUUGGAAUAUUUCACUAGAAGGUUCAAAAUUCCACCUUUUAUAUUUUGUAUACAUCCUUAUGUAUGCGAGAUACAGCUACUAGCCCAUAUUUCUAUAAAUAAUUAUAAAGCUAUCACGAAAAUAUUAAACUCAUCAUCUCAAAAUCAUUUAAAUUCAGAGUAUUUUCAUUCAGCCCUUCAGACAUGUAGAUCGAACUCCAGGGAAAAACAGUAUUUCAACGAAUCGUACUAUAUAAACCAUAUACGGAUUCGGAUAACUAACAAACGUGAGUUGAGAAUAUUAAUCAGAUUCAGAGGUGACACAAGGACCCAUUCUCGGCCUCAUCUGCACCACAACCACUAUAAAUCAGCUAUCGUGUUUCAGAAAGGCAAGCUGACUACGUACAAAGUCACGGACAAGAACUGAGGAAGAGAUAGGAGAUACUAAUUGGAUUUUGGUAGUACUUGUCACCUACUUACUUCUGAUAAUAUUCGAGAAUAUAUUCUAUAACUAGUGAAUACUAGGGUCCCUUAAUGGAAAUUGACGUUAAAGUCAUCUUAACAGGGUACGGACAGAUCCUCGUAUCCUAUCACUCUAAAGUGUUUGUGAAACAGUUAUAUAGUUCCAUCCUUAUUCAAUUCUGGGGAUAAACACUAGAUUUUUGACAUUCGUUGUUUUUUAGGUUAUAUUGAGGUCACUGGCGUAUCAUACGUAAUUUCCAUAUGGAAUUCCUGAUCCAACUAUACCAAGAUAUAGAUGAACAAUCCUCUAGUUUUAGAGUUUACUACUCCAGCAUAAUCUUUGCAAGGUAGGGAACAUAUGAAUUGUGAAAUGACUUUAAUGUCAAUUUCCAUCAAGGGCACCAAGGGAUCCUAAUCUGCAUCAGCGGGAUCUCUUGAACACUCUUGAAGUUUAUUGGAAAUGGCAUAAUAACGAUCUGUCUGUUGUGACAUUUUCGACAGUGUACGUUGAAUAUUAAAUAAAAAAAUUUCAUAUAGUUUUGAUAGUGCUUCUAUUCUGUAUGAAUAGUUUCAGUGUCAUCCUUAUUUUUUUAUUUUUAUGUUCUGAAAUUGAAGCAGUUGAAGACAGUUUAGUGUUCGUACAUGCACUCGUUAGACAUGGAGAUCGAACUCCGGAAAAGAGCAGCCUCUACCCAGCAAGUAAAUAUAACAACGAAUCGUUCUUCAUGCCAUAUGGAUUCGGACAACUAACAAACAAAGGCAAGUUGACAGCAUUCAAAGUUGGACAAGAAUUGAGGAAGCGAUACAAAGGUUUUCUAGAUGAAACGUAUAAUAUAAAAUUGAUAGAUGCCAGAAGUAGCGAUUUCAACAGAACCAAAGCCUCGCUGCAAGCCAUCUUGGCAGGUCUCUUUCCGCCCACUAAAGAAUUGGUUUGGUUGGAAGGAAUGAAUUGGCAACCCAUCGCAACAACUUAUCUAGAGAGAAAAUCUGACAAGGAGUUGUUUUGUUUUGGCUGCCCCUCAUGGAAACCUAACGCCCAUGACUUUGAACAAAGUGAGAAAGGGCGAAACGCUCUCAUUAAGGAUUACAAAAGUAUCUCUAAAUUUUUAACCAAUAAAACAGGAAAAACUUAUAGCAAACUGCGAGAUAUAUGUUCAUUAUAUCGUGGAUUCCAAAUACUGGAGAGUUUCAAUCAACCAUUACCAGAGUGGAGUAAAUCUAUUUAUCCUGACAAGAUGAAGGAUAUUAUAGCAAUUAACUAUUAUUAUCUGGUAGCUACUCCAAUUUUAAGGCAGAUGUCGGCAGGAUUUCUGUUGAAGAAAAUUCUAGAUGACACCGAUGACAAGAUAAACGGCAGACUGCCUAUGAAAAAAAUGUCCAUUUUGUGUGGACACGAAUUCAACAUUGCUUCCCUGCUUAGAGUAUUGGAUAUAUGCGAAGAUUACAAGUCCGUUCCACCAUAUGGAUCUUAUAUUCUCUUUGAAUUGCAUCGUAUUGACAAUGGAUUUGGUUUCAAGAUUUUUUACCAGAAUUAUAAAACUAGCGAACCAAAAUUGAUGAAGCUGCCAAAAUGCGAAGAGUUCUGUUCUCUAAAGAAAUUCAACGGAAUUUUGAAAGAAGAUAUACCGAUCAAUGACGAAGUGUGUACACCAAUGUCAAUCGAACAAAGGUCAACAGUAUCGAGAAAUUACCCACAACGGAACUUGAUUAUUAUCAUGUCACUUAGCUUUCCGGCAUUCAUCAAGAGUUCUAGAUUUUUUUGAAUAACACAUGGUAGGUAUAUGCGUAUGAUAUAGUAUAAAUCAAAAUUAAUUUGUAAUAAUUGUAUAUCAUCGUGAAAUUUAUAAACAGAGGUAUUUUAUUGUUUCUAAUCAUAGAACUAUUUAAAUAGUACAGAAUUAUGUAUAUUUAUAUUUAUUUACUGAAAUUGAUAAUAAAUCUCGACACGAACAA